GGGAUGCUGGACUAAGUCAGCAGUGCUGAAUCUCUGUGCCAGGACUGCAUGAAAUUGAAGACCAUUUGACCGGUAUACUCCUUCGUCAAUCUCAGAAGUCCCGCACCUCUCGUUUAUUGUUUUGAAGGCAUCGAAGGCCGCGUCGUGAUCACCAUGCAUAAGAACACGCGGAUUUGCUGGUAUUACUCGACCCUCUGUUCGUCAGCAGCCUGUUUGCCGCUCAAAACGACGUUGCUUCAUGUCGCCGUCGUUCUAUUGAUAACCCACGUACCACAUUCGUUUCGACUAAAUACCACGAAUUUUCCCCUUAUAGUGACUAUCGCUACGGUCCUUCUCACGGUUUUCGCAAACAUCGCUGUUUUUGGACAGACCUUCGAACCUCUAGUUGAUGUGGCUGUUGCUGCCGGGCAUGGGAAACGGCACAAUAGCAUCACUUUUAAAGAUGUAUCGACCCUUGAAUCACCUGUAUGUGCCAACCCAGCCCAGUCCGCCGCGGCCAAGAGGAAUAUUUCAUCGUACGCAUACUUUGGAGGGUUUAGUACCGAUACCCAGGCGUUUCCAGAGUUCACGGAGCGACUUCUGUUUCCACAAAGUUCGGAACCAAACCGAACAUAUACACUGCUCACUUUGGGCGCGAUGCAGCCGGAUUGUACGAACAUGCACAGCUUCUUCAGUACCACCGACGACCUUUUCUUUGCUACCGAUAUUCUUGCCAACAGCUAUUAA